AUGCAUUGCUCGAUUUCCGGCGAGGUGCCGGAAGAGCCCGUUGUCUCGAAGAAGUCUGGGCUUUUAUAUGAGAAGCGCUUAAUCGAGAGACACAUAUCGGAAUAUGGAAAAUGCCCAAUUACUGGGGAACCACUUACCAUGGAUGAUGUUGUUCCAGUCAAAACAGGCAAAACUGUGAAGCCGAGAACUGCACAGACCGCUAGCAUCCCUGGGAUGCUUGGAAUGUUCCAGAAUGAAUGGGAUGGCCUAAUGUUGUCCAACUUUGCAUUGGAGCAACAAUUACAUACAGCAAGGCAAGAGCUAAGUCAUGCAUUAUACCAGUGUCGACUUGAUAACGAUUUUUACUCAAAUGGAGUUCUCUCAUUCUUCUCUGAUAAGAAAGUUAUAACAUUCUUUGUUAACAUGAAAGCUGAUUUCAGUGAGAUAUCUGUUGUUGUGGAAAGAGAUGAAGCAAGGUCAUUGCUUGCACAAGCCGAGAGGCAGAUACCCAUGUUUGCAUCAGAAGCUGUUACUGCAAAUGCUUCAGUUCUUAGCAAUGGAAAACGAGCUGCUGAGGAUGAUGAUUUGGGCCAACCUGGAAAGAGAGUACGACCUGGAAUUUCUGUUAGCGUCAUUACUGAGCUUACAGACUGUAAUGCAGCUCUUUCGCAACAGCGGAAAAAGCGGCAGAUUCCUCCAACAUUGGCUCCUAUUGGUGCUCUAGAGAGGUACACCCAACUUUCUAGCCAUCCGCUUCACAAAACUAGCAAGCCAGGCAUCUUAUCCAUUGAUAUUCAAUAUUCCAAGGAUAUCAUUGCUACUGGAGGGGUUGAUGCAACUGCUGUAAUCUUUGAUCGGCCAUCAGGGCAGAUUGUAUCUACACUCAGCGGUCACUCAAAGAAGGUUACCAGUGUGAAAUUUGUAUCUGAGGGUGAUUUUUUCUUAACCGGGUCAGCAGAUAAGGUAAAUACUGUUAAGUUUGUAAUGGAUGUGGAAGCAAUUGUGGGUGUGGAAUCAGAUGUGUUGGCAUUGCCUCCCACGAAUGAGACAGUGCGUGUGUGGCAAGGAUCUGAAGAUGGAAACUAUGAUUGCAGACACAUCCUGAAGGAUCAUACUGCAGAGGUGCAAGCUGUCACUGUUCAUGCCACAAAUAACUACUUCGUGACUGCUUCUCUUGACAAUACAUGGUGCUUCUAUGAUCUCUCCUCUGGUUUGUGCAUGACUCAGGUUGCUGACACUUCCACAACCGAUGGCUAUACAUCUGCCGCCUUCCAUCCCGAUGGGCUCAUCCUUGGAACAGGCACUUCAGAAGCAGUUGUUAAAAUUUGGGAUGUAAAAAGUCAGGCUAAUGUUGCAAAAUUUGAAGGUCAUGUUGGUCCAGUGACAGCGAUAUCUUUCUCAGAAAAUGGAUACUUUCUGGCUACUGCUGCCCAUGAUAGUGUUAAGCUCUGGGAUCUGCGGAAAUUGAAAAACUUCCGGACACUUAAUCUAUAUGAUUCUGAUACACCUACAAACUCUGGUGUGUAUUACUGUGGUGAUGUUUUCCCUAUCUUGCAAUUACCUGACAAGUCAUAUUUCCUUAUGCUGAAUACUGUCAGUAAAGGGUUUUGCGCUCUUAAGUUCUCAGUGGAAUUCGACCACAGUGGAUCUUACCUUGGAAUUGCAGGAUCAGAUAUAAGAGUUUACCAAGUUGGCAGUGUCAAAGCAGACUGGAAUUGUAUCAAAACGCUUCCUGAUUUGUCUGGCACAGGAAGAGCAACUUGUGUAAAAUUUGGUCCUGAUGCAAAUUACUUAGCUGUAGGAUCAAUGGAUCGUAACCUCCGGAUAUUUGCCCUACCCGGGGAUGUAGCUCCAUCGGAGUCAUAA